AUGAGUGACAUCUAUGUGGUGGUGCAUAUCGCUACCACUUGUGAUGAGUCUACCACCUACGUGACUAAAGACGCAACUGAGAUGAUCGAGUUGGCAUGGAAUGUGGUGGAUGCCACCACCCUCAGUAGCAUUCACCUGGACUCGUGCUUGGUCAGACCCGUCAACACUCCCAUAACUCCGUACUGCCAACAGCUCCAUCGGAUUUCAUGGGAACACGUCCGCAACGCCGGUUCUUUCAAAGAUGCUAUGACCAAGUUCGACAACUACAUCCAGAAAAACUUGAUCCAGGAGGAAAAGGAGUUUUCUUUAGUCACGUUUGAUGUAUCCAAAUUGAGAGUACAAUUACCCAGAGAAGCCAGAGAUAAGUCCGUGGUAUUACCUCCGUAUCUACAACACCCUCGUGUAUUUGACUUGCAGAACGAAUAUAUCAAGUGGCAGAGAACUCAUCCCGAGGCCUUAUCAUACACAGCAUCAUCGUUAUCCAAUAUCAUCACUGCAUUAGAAGUUGAGGUUGAAAACUCCGAUGACUUCGUCAAAGCCCCUAGUUCUUCCUCCUCCACUCCUCCACCUCAACUGAACAAUUCAUCUUCCGAGCCAUCUAAUAUUGAACCAGGUGUGAACAGCGAACAACAAGAACAGCAAGAAACCAAGAGUAAGUCAACUGUCAACUUAUACAGCAAGUUGUUAAUCCAAUUGGCCAAAAAAUCGUUACCAUCAGAAGAACAUUCUUCGGUGCUUGUGAAGCCUUAUGAUUCUGCUCAAGACGUAAGGGUUUUUUUGGCUGAACGCUCAAAGAUUCUUUAUCUUUCAAAUUUGCCAGCAGAUACCACCCAAUCUGAAUUAGAAUCAUGGUUCACCCAAUAUGGAGGUAGGCCCAUAGCAUUCUGGACUUUGAAAAACUUGGAGGCCGAUAAGAGCUCAUCUAACAAGAAAAAGGGGAUAGUGGGAUUUGCCGUUUUUGCUACUCAUGAAGAAGCAACAGAAUCCUUGUCCAUGAACGGAAGAGCCCUUAAUGAUAGAGCCAUCGAAGUUCAAGCAUCGUCUACGAGGGUCUUGGAUAAGGCAAGUGAUCUUUUGACCCCAUUCCCACCUUCAAAGAAUAGGCAUAGACCCGGAGACUGGACGUGCCCAUCAUGUGGAUUUUCGAACUUCCAAAGGAGAACUCAUUGUUUCAGAUGCUCUUUCCCAGCAUCAAGUGCCGUGGCGAUCCAAGAAUCUAUUUACUCAAAUAAUCAUAACCUUGGAUCACUUAAUACUUCUAACUCUGGUCACCACUCCAACAGUGAUCACAAUAACUCAAAUAAUCACCACGGUAACAACAACCAUAACAACAGGUCUCAUUAUGGUAACAACGUACCUUUCAGAGCUGGUGAUUGGAAAUGCGAGGUUUGUGUCUAUCAUAACUUUGCAAAGAACUUGUGUUGUUUGAAGUGUGGAGCAGCAAAGCCCGUGAUGAAUGUU